UAAGCCCCCCCCCCCCCAGUCCCACCUGAAGCAGUGGUGGUGGUGGUUGUGUCAGUAAAUGAGGCCACGUGUCAUGUGAUCAUGUGCCCCUGUUUUAGAGUGGUUUGUUUAUUUGCACAAUUUGACCUUUGAAGCAUGACUCGUUGCAGAAAGCGGCUAAAGAUCUCAGCUUUUCUCCCACACAGACCAGAAGGCGUACCGAAAAUAGAGCUUCUCAUCAAAUGACAUUUCGUUAGCUUCUGUAACUCCAUCUGAACAGCAGAUUUGUUUUUGCAUCCUCUCCCUGUGGAUGAUGUGGGUUUAUUUUCUUUUCCAGGUCUUUCUGUAGUUAUUGUCUAGUCAAUGAUUCAAUGCUGAUGUACUGGUCUUUACUGGAAAGCUGAGAUCCCAGGCCCUAGCAAACUAAAUAUGUUCUGGACUCACAUGAUGGUUACAAAGUAAUUUCCUGCAUUCAUGGACAUCUGUUCUAAUUACUAAUGCAUUAUGUUCAUUAAACAUGAAUACUGAAAAUGAUUUUGUUGUCCCCUGUUGCUUCGUGUUUCAAACCAAAGCUUCAUGUACAGUUUGAGUUCGGAGCCCAUCCUGUAGUGUAAACUCCCCGGAGUCCCAACGGCUCACUUCCCAUUAGAGCCCCCAGCCAUAACAACUGGUGCAUUAUUUGGUCAGCUUCUUCCUGCCCCCCCUAAGAUGAGGCUGUGUGUGGACAGGUGUUCAGACCCCGUGCGAAGCUUGCAGACUAAAACAGCCAGAUACUUCCUGCUCUCUCCAUUAUCCAUUAUGGUUCAGGCCCUCAUUUUCCCAGAAAGCUGAUACAGCAACAUUCAAGCAUGUGAAUAGCAGUUAAAAUGCUUUAAAAAUGUCAUGGAUGACUUACUCUGCAGCUUAGUGUCAUUCAGUGAAGGUUGUAUGCAUAAAUCCCCAUCCACCCAUCCAUCCGUCCAUCCAUCCGUCCAUCCAUCACAGGGUACACACAAAGAGAUACCAGUCCAUCACAGGAUACACACAAGGAGAUACCAGUCCGUCACAGGGUACACACAAAAAGAUACCAGUCCAUCACAGGGUACAGUACACACAAAGAGAAUCACACACUAUGGACAGUUCAGAGAACCCAGAAUUCCUGUUUUGGACCUGCAGAAAGAUAACCGCACAUCCACAGGGAGAACAUGCACACUCCACACACACUGAGCAGGGGUUUGUGAUUUAAACCCCCAGCCCGGGAGUGUCUCAUGCGUCUUUGUUAUGAUUUGGAAAGCUCAUGAAAAUCCCUUUGUUCUUUUUUCCCAAGGUAUAACAGCCUGGUGACAAGUCAGCGCGCCAAGGGUAUCAUCGCCAUCUGCUGGGUGCUUUCGGUGGUCAUCGGCCUCACACCCAUGCUAGGCUGGCACACCAAGAACCGCCCACAGAACGACACCAAGCUCACCAACAGCACCAGUGGACCUAAGUGCCCUAGUGGCACCAUCGAGUGCCUUUUUGAGAAGGUAGUCACCAUGGACUACAUGGUCUACUUCAACUUCUUUGGCUGUGUGCUGAUGCCCCUGCUGCUCAUGCUGGGCAUCUACCUGCGCAUCUUCAUGGCUGCGCGGCGGCAGCUGAAGCGGAUGGAGUUGAAGGUGGUGCAUGGGGAGCGGUCACGCUCUACCCUCCAGAAGGAGGUCCACGCCGCCAAGUCUCUCGCCAUCAUUGUGGGACUCUUCGCCAUCUGCUGGCUGCCGUUGCACGUUAUCAACUGCUUCACCCUCUUCUGCCCAGAGUGCGCCCGGCCACAUGCCAGCAUCAUGUACCUGGCCAUCAUCCUCUCUCACGCCAACUCGGUGGUCAACCCCUUCAUCUACGCCUACCGCAUCCGAGAAUUCCGCCACACGUUCCGCAGGAUCAUCCGCCGCCAUGUCCUGGGGCGCCGGGAUCAUUUUGAGAGCGGCUCCUGCAGCGCCACCCGGCCCGGCAGCACCCGCGCCACCACCCUUGCCGCCCCGCCUGAGUCCUGCCCUGCCAAGACCAACGGCUUUACCCUGGAUGGCUAUUCUGACCGUGGCAGCUUUGGCAACAACCUCGAUUCCUGCAACGGCCACGAAGGUGCCAAAACGACUGUUGUUGCCAGUGCCGUCCUUCCUCCAUCAGACCAUGUCCCACACAGCCCCCCGGUGGAUAUCACCCUCCCCCUACAUCUGCAGUCAGGGGCGUACUCCUCAGGACUCCCCACACAGAAUGGAGAUGAGCGCCAUAGCCCUGGUGGUGCGGAGGCGGAGCUGAAAGCCGGCAGGGAGUUCUCCGCGGCGCCAAUCAGACCAGGGUUCUGCAGACACACGGCACGCUGCCCUGAGCUCACGCAGGUGUCCUGAUGGCACUGAGAGCGGGCUGUGGCCCCUGGUGCUCCACUGACAUCUCAUGUAAUAUUUAUUGCCUUGCCUGGAGAAAAAAGGAACGCAAAAUGAGGCGGCGAGCAGGUGUGAGGAAAAUAAUAAAUGACUGGGCCCCACAGCAGAGUCACAUGUCUUGAAGGGGCCAUUGUGUCAAAUGCUGCGGCCCCUCCCCCCUUAAUCCCAUGAUCCGAUUCUUACUGGCGUUUAAUAUCUUGCAGGGAUGAGGGGAGGGGUAGCCGCAUGGAGCCAAGACAGAAAGCCGUAGCUCAAGCGCUCCCAAAAAGCCUUUCUCCUCCUAGUGAUUUUAAAUGUGAAGAAGUUCUAGUGCAGGAGAUGGGUGUCCUGUAAAUAAGCCUCAUCUCUAGCUUCUCUCUCCUGCCUUCCUUCCCCCCCCCCCAUAGGCCAUAGAGAUGUAACAGGCUGCCCAGUGUUAGGCGACACCCCUGUUUCCCUUGCCACUGCCUUUGGGGGAAUGUCAAGACAAUGCCCACCAAAGUCAGCUAAAGUGUGAGGGGACUUUUCCAUCUAAGGAAUGCCUUUUGUGAUAGGCUAGCUGUCACUCUGGCUCAGCCAAUCCGCAGCCAGGUGCUGUGUACGGGGGCCUAAUUUCUUUGAACACGUUCUUGAGGGAAACACUUGCUGAAAGCUAUUUAUGAUGUAAAAGUCUGACCAACCAUUGUUGUAAGUGAUUGAUUUAAUGUCUUUUAUCAUGUUCUUGUCGUUGUUGUUGAUGAUAUUAUGGUUACUGAUAUUAGAGCCAUUGCUCUUAUUACUUGUUGUGUGAUUCCUAGGUGUUGACAGUGAACGACCAAAAAUGAGCCCACAAAAUCAUUUAGGGGUAACAAGUAACACAAUGCCAGUUUGGCCUGGCUCUUUCAAAUUGGGGCUGCAACACAACAAAGCAGAACAACAAUGUACCUUUGCACUAAUCAGGUUACAGCUGAAUGCAUCCUGUACACAGGCUUGGACAGCAUUGACGUCAUCUUGGCUGUAGAAUGUCAUUGUGAGACGAGUAGAUCCAGCAGCUCAUGGGUGGAUCUUAUUCAGCAAUGCUCUAUGCAAUAUUAUGUACUGAUCCAAUCUGACACAAAUCUAGGUUUUUAUUUUCAGAUGUGAUCAGUUUCAGACAGGAAUCCACAAUUCCGACCCUGGGGGUCAUUCUGCAACACAGUUUGUAGAUUUCCCUGCUCAAACACAUCUACUAAGCCUGGCAAUUUGCUGUGUAGCUGAAGAAGGUGCGUGAGCAGGGAAAUCUGCAAACUGUGCUGCAGACUGAGUCUCCAGGACUGGGACUGGGGAACCCCGGUUUAAGGUCAUUUUCAUCUGCCACUCAAUAGACUUGUGUCCCGUCCUUGUGCAUUCAUGUUGGACCACGUUACCUGCUAAUGCCAGCCCAAUGAGAAGCUGGACCAUUGUGUGGAUGGAUGUUUCCAGCAUUUGUUCCCAUGGCUGGUUGUCUUCUAUAGUUGCCAGUGGUGUAUUCCUGAUCCCUUAACACUGCUUUGCUGCUUUCCCGUGUCAUUAUCGCACCUGGUUUUCCAAUCAAACUGUGUAACGGGCAGCUGGUGGCCGUCUCUGAUUUGCCUGUAAAUGUGGGAAAAGAUGGAAAUGGAUUUGGUUCCAUUUGCUCUUCAGGAAAAGUGUGACGUAGUAUUUCUCAAACUUGAGUGGGGAAAAUGCCUCCAUUUUCCAAAUAAAUGUUUUCUUUUGUAA